GACAAACUGGGACAAAGUCCAGUCCUUCUCCAAGCGUUACUUACUUAUUGUCUCUUUAUUGCCUCAUAUACAGAACUCGCAGCGUGCAGGGAACCUAUUGUCCUGUAUACUUGUAGGAUCGUCGAGACGCGUUUAGACUGCAGCCGUAACUAUCACCUGCAUCGUCACUACAUCGUGCGGCCCAGGAAUUGGUAACAAGGGCAACCAGAUGUCUCAGACCUACACGAACAAUAACAAACGCCAGAGAAGUCAACUGUCUCGAAGAGCACUAGAAUUCAAUCCCAACGAAGAGUUUGGAAUUUCGGCCUCGCCACAAAACAACCAAGCUUCCACCCCAAGACGGCACAAAUCGCGUUCUCCUUCGCGAACGGGUCCCCGACCUGAUCCAUUUGAUAUAUCUCCAGUGGCUUUCACUUCGUCCAAAUUACCGCGAAGCUCUACCUCUACUCUUACCCGAUCCAUUUUUGCAUCCAUGGACGAACUCUCAGACCCAGGUCAACGGGUCAGAUCGACCAGUAGCUCUUCUCUGCCACCUGGUUCUCGACAUACGAACCCUCGAGAUUUCUCCGUCCAUGUAGUGCCGUCCACCUCACAGAACAAGUCGCACAAUAAGAAAGAUAAAGGCAAGGAGCGCCUAUUUGUGCGUUCCUCUAAGCAGUUACCUUCAGAGGAUUCCGGUUCCUUUUCAGGACCGAUAGCUGCGGCUGAGUUUGAGCGUAUGAAGAAAGAGAUAGAGGAGCUGAAGAAUACCGUACAAGAUCACAAGAAGACGAUCAAGAAACAAUCCAAACGGAUAGAAGAGCUUAAAACGGAACUCAACGCUGGCAAGAUAGCACGGAAGGAGCACGAGACUCAACUUCAAAUUCUCUCCUCGAAAGCAUCGAAACAUGAAGAGCUCGUUAGCGCUCUUGAAGUUACGUUCCAAUGUCAAAUAUGCAUGGAUUAUCUGACUAAACCUUUCGCUCUCUCUCCAUGCGGACAUGUUCUGUGUGUUUCAUGCCUUCAAGACUGGUUCCGUAAAGCGCCUCUGUCUGUUGACGACAUGGAUAUCGACCCCGAAGAUGCGGAAGAUCCCGAAUAUCUCUUAUCCCGACAGAAGACCUGCCCUUGUUGUCGUGCCAUCAUCACACGCAGGCCUGCCCCCGUAUUUUUAAUCAAGAGUGCAGUGGAGGCUAUCAAGAAAUACAAGGCAUUCACAGAUAGUUCUAACGCUCAAAGAAGUGAGAGUCCUCUUAUCGGCGAUGAAGACCCUUGGGCAGGCUUUUUCCCUGAAGAGGGCGUCCGCAACGAUGACGAAGACGAGGAGUAUUUCGUACGGCAUUAUUAUCUGGAUGACCUCUACGUGGAUUCCGACUCUGACGGUUUGGAGUCGAUCAUGAUGGAUGCGGAUAGUGCCUCUGAGUCGGGAGGUGAAGAUGAAGAAAUACACCAACCUGAUGAAGAAGAUGGGUAUCAGGAGGAGGAAGAAGCUAGUGAUGCCGAAUCUUUGGAAGAUCCGCUGUUUGUGAAACCCCCUUGGGAGCCUCCGCUUGAUCUAUACGGUCGCGAAGAAUUAGUGGAUCUUGAUGAGGAACGUUCAUCGAUGCUACAACGCGGCUGUACCCUCUGGCUGAUUCAGACUUGCCAUAUGGAGUACACUCACAAUGAUGGUUUUGUGGCGUACUUGUACGCCUUGAAUAACGAACGGCACUCUUACGAAAUUAUCUUUGCUCGGACAGCGGAAGAGAGGAACAAAAGGGAAUUACACAGGCUGUUCUUGGGGUGGAAUCUGCAUAUGCCGUUCAAUGAACGUCUGGACGAGGAAGGCGGAAAGGAGUUUUUGACUCAGACAUUGGAGCUCUAUAAGAAUCAACCAUGGAAGUUUCAACUAGAUGAGAGGCUGAGAACUCCGGGAAAGUUGGAUCUACACGUCCUUGUGCGAGCUGAUGGACAUGAUCAGGGAUAUGAGACUACGGACACAGAAUAUUAUGAAUGGUAAAGGACGGAUUUUGAUGCAUUUCGAUUUACUUUUGUACUUUACAGACAGAUUCGAUUGCUAUGGUAGUCGACUUACCUCCUCUCCCGCAGUGCGAAUAAGAACCUUGGCAGUGCUACCUAUAGAUAAUUCCAAUGCCGCUUGGGUUGGGCGGGCAUUCAGACACUUUUCAAACCUAG